AUGGCAACAAUUGAUGUUAAGGAUAUGUUUUUUAUGGUCCCUUUACAACCUGAGGACCAGGAUCGCUUUGCCUUCACCUGGGAAGGACAACAGUACACCUUUACACGACUGCCUCAAGGAUACAAGCACUCCCCCACGCUGGCUCACCAUGCGCAAGAGCUGGAAAGAAUUCCCGUAAAAGCAGAGGUAAAGAUCUAUCAAUAUAUAGCUGAUGUGCUCAUAGGAGGGAGUCAGGUAGAAGAAGUUAGAGAGACCCAGAACGACAUCAUCACCCAUUUAGAAAGUAUAGGGUUGACAAUUCCACCUGAGAAGAUACAAACCCCUUCAAGUGAGGUAAAAUUUUUAGGAAUCUGGUGGAAGGGAGGCAUGACAUGUAUCCCACCGGAUACCCUUUCCUCUCUUGAUCAGAUCAAGAUGCCAGAGUCAAAGAAAGACUUACAGCAUGCACUAGGGUUGCUUGUGCUUUGGAGGAAACAUAUUCCUGAUUUCUCAAUUAUUGCUAGACCCCUGUAUGACUUGUUGCGAAAGAGAGCUCAGUGGGAAUGGACUCAGGUCCAUGACGAGGCUUUACAGUUGUUGGUAUUUGAAGCGAAUGCCUAUCAGGCCCUUGGUCCCAUUCACCCAACAGACCCGGUUCAAAUUGAGUGGGGGAUUGCCAAAACUGGACUGUCAAUCCAUUUGUGGCAAAAGGGUCCAGAGGGGCCUGUUCGGCCCAUUGGUUUUUAUUCUCGUAGCUUUAAAGAUGCUGAAAAAAGGAUCAAGGAAGGCCAAAAGCCAGUAAGGAUUAAACAAUAUCCCCUAAAGAAAGAAGACAGAGAAGGAAUUCAGCCGGUGAUAGAAAAAUUUUUGCAGUUGGGGUUACUAAAAGAGUGUGAGUCUGAAUUCAAUACCCCUAUAUUACCUGUUCGGAAGCCCGAUGGGUCAUAUCGGGUGGUCCAAGACUUACGGGCGGUGAAUAAGAUAACUGAAGAUCUUUACCCGGUAGUGGCGAACCCAUAUACCCUGUUGACUGUAUUAACACCUGAAUUGACUUGGUUUACUGUUUUAGAUUUGAAGGAUGCUUUCUUUUGUCUCCCUCUCCAUGAAGCCAGCCAAAAAUUAUUUGCAUUUGAAUGGGAAAACCCCAAGAAUGGUCGAAAGACCCAGCUCACUUGGACGGUGUUGCCACAAGGAUUUAAGAAUAGUCCUACCAUUUUUGGCAAUCAGCUUGCAAAAGACUUAGAAUCCUGGGAAACCCCGUCUGAGGAGGGAAAGCUGUUAGAGUAUGUGGAUGAUAUCCUGAUCGCCACCAAGACAGAGAGAGAUUGUAUGACAUGGACGCCACUGAGCAGAAACACCUUGAGUGGAACAAGGAGACAGAAAGUGAGCUCAGAUUUGGAAAAAGGAAAUGAACUGGCGGACAGAGAGGCAAAACAAGUGGCCAAAACAAAGGUAAAAAUAGAAGGGGCCUUAAUUCCUGAUAGGCAGAUCUCCCUAGAAGGUAAGCCAGAAUAUACCAAGGAAGAUCAGAAACUUAUUACAGAUUUAGAAGGGUCAUAUAAUAAAGAAGGGUGGGCUCAUACCCCACAGGGAAAACUAAUCAUUCCCUCUUGCUUACUGUGGCAUUUGAUACGGGAGGAGCAUAGGAAAAGACAUUGGGGGACAGAGGCUCUGUAUAAACAUUUGAUAAGAGAAAUUGUGGCUAGAAAUUUAUAUACCACAGUGAGACAAGUGACUCAACAAUGCGAUCUUUGCCUUCAGACUAAUCCUAAGAAUACCCCCAAACUAGAAAUGGGUCAGAUUGGGAAAGGCAAUGGGCCUGGACAGCAAUGGCAAAUUGACUUCACAGAACUUCCAAGAAAAGGGGGGUAUCGAUAUUUACGGGUAUUAACUGAUACCUUUUCAGGUUGGCCAGAAGCAUUCCCAACAAGAACGGCUAAAGCCCAGGAGGUAACUAAAAUAUUAGUGCAAGAAAUAAUACCAUGUUUCGGGGUUCCAGCAACCAUGUCCUCUGACAGAGGACCACAUUUUGUCUCAAAAAUAGUGCAACAAAUCAGCCGCCACUUGGGUAUAGAUUGGCAACUUCAUACUCCAUAUCACCCCCAGUCGAGUGGUCAAGUGGAAAAAAUGAACCACUUAAUCAAACAGCAAAUUGUAAAAUUGGGACAAGAAGCAAAUCUAACAUGGCCUCAGUCUCUCCCUUUAGCCCUUCUGCGUAUACGAACAAGACCAAGGGCGAAAGAAGGACUGAGCCCCGUUGAAAUGUUAUAUGGAAGACCCUAUGAAAUACUGAAAGGGGUGUCUGUACAAGCUGGGGGGAAAUUGUGACCUCUUACAUGAUAGCAUUAAGUAAACAGCUCAAUAAAAUCAGGAAACAUGUGGCUGGGACUCGAGGGAGAGGUUUAGAUGGACCUGUACAUAAUAUACAACCUGGGG